AUGCCAGUUUCACAGACAUCUUCUCGUACCACCACUCCACCCAAUAGAGAAGGCAACAUGCACAUGGACGAUGAGUCCACACCAGCAAGAGCUCCAAUGGAUCCAGCGAUGAGUAAGUACAACAUAGUCUUGGACAAGACCAUCUAUGAGUGCAACUACUACAUAGUAGACAUACUAGUAGACAAGUUGUAUGCACAAACAGCACACGAUCCCAUUGACAUACGAGCACUCCACAAACUUCGCAAAGUAGUUCAUGACCAACAACCAAAGCGAGUGAUACCAGUAUUAGACGAGGGGUUAGCAGAGCUACACAAUAAAGCUAUGAAGAACUGCGACAAAAGUGAUCACGAUGAGGGACAAAGUAUCAGAACCAGAACUUCCAAAUUACUCAAGAUGAGUGAGUUCCCUAAGUGGCCAGUAGGCAAAUAUGUCAGCAUGGCUGAUUGUCGUGACACAAUUGAGUUUGUAUCUGUAGCCAAAGACCUGUUCGCGAGCACGAACAUGCCACUAAUACAGUGCCUCUCACUAGUACAAGAGCUGCUCAGACAGACAGUCAGACUCAAUAAUAUACGUAGUACCAAAAGGCUUUGGCAAGACUUCACUGAUGUGGAAGACUACAAUAUAUUAAUCAUUGACAACCUGCGUCGCAUUCCAGUAGACUAUCUACUAGAGAAGUGGCUCAACGACUUAUAUGACACUCGUAUGAAUGUUAAAGUACGGGCAGCACGGUUGCGGCGCACAAUGUUUGAGUUAGAGAAGCGCUACAAGGGCACUACUGAGAGAGUGGCUAUCAAUUGGCAAUUCCUCAAAGCAUCACGUUACCAAGUACUAGUCAUGUACGGUUUGCAAGCGGAAACGGACAACUGA